AUGAAGAAGACAACCUUGUCUCGGCAACUGAAUGCUGAUACCCAACCCUUUGAUGAGUUCCGGAGGAGAGCGGUAGCAGCUGCGGCGAAGCAUCCAAAAGUGAUACACGCUAGUAUGACACUGGACCUUUGCGAAUGGCUUGAUGGCGCCGAUGAAGGUGCUGGAAAUCUUGACCUGGCAUCCGUCCAAAAACUUGAGGCGGAAAGCAGAGGAACUGUUCGGGUGAUCUUUGCGCCACGAGACAUACCGACACCGGGCGCGGAAGCGUUGCUUGAGUUGUUCGAGACAUGCGGUAUUCCAAGUGCUUUUGUCGAUGAAAGCCUGCGAGACGUUUCGCAAUCUUUCGCAGCGCGCGAAGACGCCGAUGGCACGACAUGGAUCUGGUUCCACCUCUUGUGCAAAACUUUGGCAAUAGUAGAGAACAAAAUCGUGCCAAAUCAAGACCCCGUAGAGGUCGAGGGUAAACAGCCUAAAAGUCGACAAUCGGCGCAAGCUCAGAGUCAGGCGAACUUCUCUUGGAUCAAACCGGGUAUCGUACUGAAGAUUCGGAAGCAGUCAGAUACUCCGCCCACGCCGGUACGAACGUCAACUUCUGACAGCGAUACGACAUUGACAGCCACUUCCACUCCAGCCAGGGUGGAGCUGAUUUGUUUUGGCGCGCCUAACACACUACGGGAUCGGAUCCUGGCACUGACGAAGACGACACCGUGCCAGGCAUUACUGGACGACCCGCACAUACUGCUCGAGCUCGUUUUCGAAGAGAUGUACAAGAUCCUCGACUGGACUACCUGGGCUGUGUCGGAUACGUUCGGGCCAUUGGAAACUCAAACUCUAGGGAUAGCCAGUAGGGUUGGCAAAGCGACGGAAGAGCUACCCAAGGACCUCUUCACUGGGCUCCACAACCUCGCGAAGCAUGCCAUAUACCUCCGCGAGAACUGUGAAGCAGCCCUAGCAACACUAGACGAUCUCUACAGCCACUACGUAGUGGUAAUGGGCGCCAAUCCGUGCACGCUACAGAGACAAACCCGAGAGGCGCUCAAGUACAGACAAACCCUAUUCGAAUCGACGCAGCGACGGUUGGCGAGCCUCAAUGCGCGAAUCUCGAACAUCAUCGAGCUGUCAUUCAACAUCGUCACGCAGGGCGAUAGCAAGUUGAUGCAGUCGGAGAACCAGAGUAUGAAGACGAUCGCGGUUAUGACGCUUUGGUUCAUGCCUCUAGGCACGGUGUCAUCCAUCUUUGGUAGCCAGUUCAUGAAGCUGCAGGAUGAGUGGCCGCAUCAUAUCACCGUAUCGCAAGACUUUUGGCUGAUGUGGGUCAUUGCGGUUCCUCUGACCAUCGCAGUCCUGACCAUUUGGCGGGUGUGGUACAUGGACGCAAGGUCCAGAUUGAUAGACGGGUUAGAAGUGAAGAAAGGCGAGCAUGGCUAUAUGGGAUGGAAGACGUUACCUCAGACGCUGCGUCGGGUAAAGGCGAGGAAGGGUGUGUCGGAUGUGUGAGC